AUGGUGGACAUUUCUCAGUUUUCAGAGUCAAUUCUACAAUUACGGCGGUCCCCCGAUCCAAUUCUUUACCAUAGUAUAAAUUCGGACGCAUACCCUUCGCAUUUCGAUGUCGACUUCUUCGAGACAGAGGGAGAGGAAUCCAUGAGUGCAGAGGAACAGUACAAAGACGCAGGGACUCGUUACUCUCAAGACAGCCUGACGUUCUUGGAUCUUUUGACGCGGAUGAAGGAGUGGGAAAUCACCGAUUUUCUUCUUCGUUCUCCCCUUAGUAUGGCUGCAAUCAAUGAAUUUCUAGCGCUCCCAAUAUGUUUUCUCCUCGCAAUUCUCAAGUCUCUUAUCCUUCUCAUCCACGGAUUGAAGCUUUCAUUCAGUACUGCUAAAGAAUUGCGAAGCCAAGCCGAGAUGCUACCCAAGGGACCAAGCUGGAAGUGUCAAAUUAUCCCAUCUCUCCAUCGCACCAAAACUCCAAUCCAACUUUUUUGGAGGGAUCCGGUCGAAUGCUUAGAAGCCCUCUUCAGCAACCCCCUUUUCCAUGACAAGCUUGAUUUUGUCCCUCGUCGCGUGUACACAACCGCAGCACGGCUUACCCGCGUUUAUUCAGAGUGGCUGACAGGGGAUUUUGCUUGGGAGUUCCAGAGGCACUACAAUUCUUGGUACCAUACUUUCCUCCGACAAACAAAUAUCACCACUAUGACUGGUGCUAGAGUUGCUCAUCCGCUUCUUCUCGGUCUCGCCAAUAUCCACAUGCAAACUCGCAUGAAGCUCUCAUCCAGGGCCUUCCUACUCACAGCACUCCUCCCUAUCCCGCAGUACUUACACUCUAAUCAACGGAUGCGAGGUGUUCUCGAAGACCGCCUCAUACAUCAAUGUCUUUCUAUCGUCUUAAAGCCAUUGAUGAUUGCGGCUGAGAUCGGGAUAAUGUCUGAUCCCGUUGGAAAUGUUCGCCAUUGCUAUACGCCCCUUGCAGCAUACAUCGUUGAUACCCCGGAGGCAUGUAUGCUUGCAUGCGUACACGGGAAAACCUCCCCAUUUACGAUGGCAUCAUAUCUGGAGUUUGGGGACAAUUUUCGUCACUCCGAACCUACAUGCCAUAUCACUCUCGAUCAGCUUGCCAAGAUACACGUUGAUCCCAAUGACCUCGAAGGUUAUUUUGAUGCAUGCACCAUAUAUCGUCUAAAUGGUGUCCAUGCGCCCUUCUGGCAAGAUUGGCCGUUUGCUUGCCCCUCGGUCUUUCUAACUCCAGAGGCUCUGCAUCACUGGCAUAAGCAAUUUUUUGAUCAUGACCUUCAGUGGUGCAUUGCAGUUCUUGGAGCUCAAGAACUCGAUUUUCGAUUCUCGAUUUUGCAGCCAGUCACAGGCUAUCGUCACUAUUCUGGCGGAAUAACGAAGCUCAAGCAAGUUACGGGCAGAGUUCACCGUGAUCUGCAGCGUUACUUUGUCGGUCUCAUCGUCGGUGCAGCCCCUCGUCGAUUCGUGAUCGCGAUCUGUGCCCUUAUGGAUGUCUGGUAUAUGUCACAAUCCCCUUCUCCGGAUGACAAUCUAUUGGCAUCUAUUGACCAAUCUCUUUCGACCUUUCAUCAAAACAAAGAUGUUAUUAUGACAUUGGGCACACGGACCAGUACGAAGAAGACGAUCGACAAUUGGUAUAUACCUAAGCUAGAGUUAAUGCAAAGCAUCACUGCCAGCACACAUAAAGUUGGAGCCCUCAUCCAGUGGUCUGCGGACGCCACUGAACAUGCGCAUGUAUCCAAAAUCAAGGAACCUGCGCGACAAACUAACAAUAAUGAUUAUGACCCUCAGAUUUGCCAUCAUUUAGAUCGACAGGACAAGCUGCGGCGAUUUGCGAUUGCUAUGACAUUGAAGAGUGGUGUCGUUGAUCCAGACCCCGAAGAAUUACCCAUGGAGGAGGGAGACGAUGAAGACAUUGCUGAGCUUGAAGAACCGUCUACUGAUCAACGAACUGCACUCCUGGAGGGGCUUAAUCGCACACGUGUUACUACUAACUACUUCCUCAAAGCUAAGGAGGCGGCUACUGUACCUCAUGGACCUAGCCCUCAUCCUCCUUGA